GUCUUAGUUACUUAUGACUUCUCUGUCCAAAAGAUGGAAGAUAGGCUUCGCGUGUCAGUUGGAGUGAUGGGGAAUGUGGUUUCAAUAUUCUUUUAUGCUGCACCCAUAUUAACUUUUAAAAGGGUCAUAAGCAAGAAAAGCACAGAGGAGUUUUCUUGUUUUCCUUACAUCAUUGCUCUACUGGUUAGCUUCAUUUAUACUUGGUAUGGCUUGCCUGUUGUAAGCUAUAAGUGGGAAAAUUUAUCCCUGGUCCCUGUUAAUGGCGUAGGUGUUCUUCUUGAAAUCUCCUACAUUCUCACAUAUUUCUGGUUCACUUCGGCUGGAGAGAAGAAGAAGGUAGCUAUGAUGACAGUACCUGUAAUUCUUGUUAUCUGCAUCACCGCAACAAUAUCAGCUUUCAUUUUCCACGAUCACCAUCACCGCAAGCUGUUCGUUGGGAGUGUUGGACUCUUAUCCUCGGCGACAUUGUAUGCGUCGCCUUUGGUUGCCGUGAAGCAAGUAAUACAAACGAAAAGCGUGGAGUUUAUGCCAUUCUACUUGUCAUUUUUGGCAUUCCUAACAAGUUCGUCUUGGUUGGCCUAUGCACUGCUGAGCCAUGAUCUCGUUCUUGCGUCUCCUAAUCUGAUCGGCACAUCUUUAGCGAUUCUCCAGCUUGUGCUUUACUUUAAGUACAGGAACAAGGGAAUUGUGGAAGAACCCCACAAAUCAGAUGCAGAAUGGUGCGUAUACCAGGUCCCAAGCCCGAUUCACACAACUCCACGAGCAUUGGCGUUCGAAGGUAGCCCAACCAGUGUCCAUCGACUUAUGGUUGGAGGAUGAUAUCAGUGGGCCCAACUAGAUGUUGUUAGAUUUGCUUAUUCAGUAUUUAUCUAGAUAGAUUGUCAUUUAGAGUUUUAUCUUGCUAGAACUUUAGGCUGAUUAUCACUAUUGUUAGGUGAUCUUUAUCUUAGUUUCUUUAUCUCUUUGUGGGAGCCUAUUUAUAGGGGCUCUCAUCUUUUGUUUGCAAUCAUUCGAUUGAAUAAAAAUAUCAUUUCUUGAGUUGGCAUAGGUACAGGGAUACCCAGGUCUUGUUUCACCCUUGGGUACAAAGAUGCCCUUAGGUACAAAGAUACCUAGGGUUUGCUACCAGUUCUACAUCACACAAAAGAAUGGUGAGGAAACCAAGUGACAGUUGCAGUCCAUGGAUGCUGAAGAUAACAUCGUCAAGAAUUGAAGCGAAUUGGUUACAUGAAGGUCUGUUUGGAUCCCUCUCUUUAUUAGCCGCGCCCCGAAGUAUGGGUUGCUGGGAGUCACAAUUCAACUAGAAGUCUCAAAAUAUAUGAAGGAUAGCUAAUGCAGUUUGCAAUUAUCUUGCAAUUCAUGUGUACAAUAAUGCGAUAAGAGCAAUGUAAGCUUUUCUGAGCACCCAACUAUAUAACAAAUCAUAAGCAGGAGGAGGAAUACAUCCAUUAGUAAAAGAGAUGCUUUGAAAAACUGAGGAUAAUCUGAUAUACAGAACAGAGUGAAAUAACACCAGAAACUUUGGAAGUAAA